CUCUAGGCCUCCAAACUCCAGACGCCAGUGUUCCAGAAAACUUUCCAAGCGGUUCGCACUGAGCAUGCUCCGUGGCGGGGCGGGCCCGGGGUCCGGAAGCUCAGUUACUAAACGGGGCCUGUGUGGGGUCUGCAGCCACCAGAUGGGGGCGAGGGGUCCCACGGGCGCCCGGGGACGAACCACGUGGAUGCUGGCUGGGGGUGUCCUGGCCGCGGCCCUGGUGCUGGGCGCCCGCCCCCGUGCGCUCCCACCCUCCUUCCCUACUCUGGGCCCAGGGACACCAUCCCCGCCGGGCUCAGGGGAACACUGGCCAACCUUGCAGUAUAGAGAUAUUUCAAGAGAAAGUUCCUCUGAGAAUGGACUGGUAUUUCAAAAAUGCUCACUGGUGUCUGGGCAGAGUGAGUCACGGGUUAUGCACGUGCAGCUGUCAGUGAACAACACCAGGACGCCCAUGUCAGCCAACCUUUCGGACCUGGUUGUGGUAGACAAGAUCACCGGCCUCACUGUGAAGGAAUCGGCUGGAAAUAAGACUCAGGACGGAAUCCAGACUUUCAGAAAGAGGUUUCUGCCAGUAGGAGAGUGCUACUCUGUCAGCUACAUGGCCUCACUGGACCCCACAGCCCUUGGGACUAGAGGAAACCUGGACCUUCCCGCCCUGCUCAUCUUUCAGAACCCCUCACAGAACAGAACUCAGAUGAGAGCCCACUUUACCAUCACAGUGGAAGAACAGAUAACGGUUCUGCCUAACCACGGUCUCCAUGCAGCAGGCUUCAUCGCAGCCUUCUUCGUCUCCCUCAUGCUGACCUUGGUGGCCCUGUUCUUUCUGGCACAGGGCUGGUGUCCUCAGGGAAGCAUGCUGGCCAGAUGCCGGGCUCAGCACCUUCAGAACAAGCUGGAGCCCUCGCCCUUCGCCUCUGCUAAUGGUGUGAGCCAGGAUCUCUCCCUCAGUGACCAAGUGAUUGACAUCCUGACUUCUGAGGACCCCGGGAACAUGCUUCAAGCCCUAGAAGAGUUGGAGAUCGCAACCCUGAAUCAGGCAGAUGCGGAUCUGGAGGCUUGUCGGAACCAAAUUAGUAAGGACAUCAUUGCCCUUCUGAUGAGGAAUCUGACCAGUAGUGGUCAACUCUCUCCACAAACCGAGAGGAAGAUGGCCGCUGCUUUCAAAAAGCAGUUUCUGAUGCUGGAAACUGAGAUCCAAGAGGAGUACGAGCGGAAGAUGUUGGCACUGACGGCAGAGUGUGACCUAGAAACGAGGAAGAAAACAGAAAGCCAGUACCAGAGGGAGAUGGUGGCCAUGGAGGAAGCAGAAGAGGUGUUGAGGCGAGUUAGUGAGAGGUCUGCUGCAGAGUGCAGCAACCUUUUGCGGACCCUCCAUGACCUGGAGCAAGAGGACGUGCAGAGGUCCCUCGCUCUGCACCAAGCAGAGGACUUUGCCCAAGCGCACAGGCAGCUGGUUGUUUUCCAGAGAAACGAGUUACACAGCAUUGUCUAUACCCAGAUACAGAGUGCUGUUGCCAAAGGGGAACUGAGGCCUGAGUUGGCUAAAAUGCUGCUGCAAGACUACUCUAAAACACAGGAGAGUGUGGAAGAGCUGACAGACUUCUUCCAGGCCACCAAGCGGUACCAUCUCAGCAAGAGGUUUGGCCAUAGGGAGUACCUGGUCCAGAGCCUGCAGGCCGUGGAGACCCGUGUGCAAGGGCUGCUGAGCACUGCGGCUGCCCAACUGACGAGCCUCAUCCACAAACAUGAGAGGGCCGGGUACUUGGAUGAAGAUCAGAUGGAAAUGCUGUUGGAGCGAGCACAGACGGAAACCUUUUCUAUAAAGCAGAAGCUGGACAAUGACUUAAGGCAGGAAAAGAAAAAGCUCCACCAAAAAUUAGUAACUAAGAGAAGGCGAGAGCUUCUGCAGAAGCAUAAGGAGCAGCAGAAGGAGCAGGUGUCCCUGGGCGAGGCCUCCAGCACUGCGGAGGAUUCAAUCCAGUACCUGCGCCAGUGGAGGAGCGUGAUGGCCGAGCACACCGCUGCCCUGGAGGAGCUGCAGGAACGUCUGGACCAGGCUGCCCUGGACGACCUCCGUCUCCUGACUGUGUCACUGUCUGAGAAAGCCACGGAGGACCUGAGGCGCCUGCAGAGCACGGCCAUGACCCAGGAGCUGCUGAAACGCAGCGCUCCCUGGCUCUUCCUGCAGCAGAUCUUGGAGGAGCACAGCCGGGAGUCGGCUGCCCGCACUGCGCAGCUGGAGGCAGAAGAGAGAGAACGGGGCCAGGAGCUGGUGCAGGGUGUGAGGCAGCGGCUACAGCAGGAUGCUCCGGAGGCCUGCACCGAGGAACAGGCAGAGCUGAGGCAUUGGGAGCACUUGGUGUUCACGAAGCUCUGCUGUGCAGCCAUCUCAUUGUCUGAAGAAGACCUGCUUAGGGUGAGGCAGGAGGCCCAGGGCUGCUUCACCCAGCUGGACCGGAGUUUGGCCCUCCCCAGAAUCCGAGCGCGAGUGCUGCAGCAGCAGUUGCUGAUGGCCUGGCGGGAAGGAGAGUUCCGGAAACUGGACCAGGCUCUGGCUGCACCUGAGCUGCAGUCCAAGGCGAGAAAGCUGCGUUCUAAAGGCAGAGGCAAGGCAGAUCUUCUGAAGAAGAGCCUGGAGGAUAAGAUCCGCCUCUUUGAGGAACGAGCCCCCGAAGACCUGGCAGACAAGGUGCGAGGGGAGUUGCUCCAGGAGAGGGUCCAGAGGCUGGAGGCCCAGGAGGCGCGCUUUGCUGAGUCCCUUGUGGUUCUGCAGUUCCAGAAGGUGGCCCGGGCUGCUGAGACCCUCUCAGUCUACACCGCCCUGCUUAGCAUUCAAGACCUGCUGCUGGGGGAGCUGAGUGAGUCCGAGACAUUGACCAAGUCAGCCUGCAUGCAGAUCCUGGAGUCGCACAGCCCGGAACUGCAGGAACUGGAGAGGAGGGUGGAGGACCGGCUGGUGCAGCAGGAAGUAGCUGAGCAGCAGCACAUCCUGGAGAGCUGGCAGCAGUGGGCAGCUGACGGGCCUGGGCUGAGCGAACCUGGGGAGAUAGACCCUGAAAGGCAGGUGUCUGCCAUCCUGCGGCAGGCCCUGAACAAGGGCCAGAAGCUACUGGAACAGCAUCAGCAGAGGGUGGAAGAGGAGCGGCAGAACAGUGCGGUGCUAGAAGAUGCUCUGGAAAGCAUGGAGGCUGACACCAUGUCCAGCCUGUGCAGCCAGGGACUGAGGCUGGUGUCAUACCUCUCAAGGAUGACAAUGGUGCCCGGGAGCACACUGCUCCGGCUCCUGAGUGUGGUGCUUCCGGCAGCGUCUCACCCUCAGCUGCUGGGCCUGCUGGAUACAGUCGGUGACAAGCACUCAGGCCACGGAGCAGAGAAUGAGAGCAGUGGGGAGCAGGCUGAGCAGGGCAAGAGGAGGAAACACCAGAGCUGGUGGCAAGCUUUGGACAGCAGGCUGAGAGCAGAUUUGGUGAGUCAAGGACUGGAGAGGAUGCUCUGGGCACGCAGGAAAAAGGAGAGCUUAUUGAAGAAGAUAUACAUUCCUGUCCAGGAGAGGGUGAUGUUCCCUGGGAAAGGAAGCUGGCCACACCUGUCCCUAGAGCCCAUUGGAGAACUAGCACCCAUCCCCAUCGCAGGGGCAGACACCAUGGACCUAUUAAACACAGGAGAGAAGAUCUUUGUAUUCCGAAGCCCGCAGGAGCCUGAGAUCUCAUUGCGCGUUCCUCCCAGGAAGAAAAAGAAUUUUCUGAAUGCCAAGAAGGCCAGCAGGGCCUUGGGCUUGGACUGACCCAAGGGGAAGCACCAGGAAGUGGUCUCAAGCCAGGUGCAUCAUACUUCUGGCC